AUGCAAGCAGCCUCCCCUGAGCUUCUGUUUAACAGAAGGUGUCAGUGAUCUUAACUAGCGUAUCUUCUUUGACUGUACGUAUUUCAUCUGAUUUCAUCCUUUUCUAGACUUCAUACAGAUAUACAUUGUAUAAAGGAUGGAUCAAUUUGCACAAGACUCCUGCAUUCCAUGCUGUGAAGAUCCAAGACCCUCGAGUCAUGCUACUGGUAGCACAAGUCAAGUUUACGUAAAAAAUCCACAAUUCUUACAUGUGGUGGCAAAGCCUCCUCAGAAAUGUUCAACUGUGGAGCUAGGAGUGCACAACUGUACCUCAAAGUGUGAACUAUGCAAGAAAUAUCUGAAAAAUAUCAAAAUUUUUAGGAGUACAACUAAAGAAAAAAGUCAUGAGAUAAAAAGUAUUUUAACCUGCAAGUCAUCUAGUGUCAUUUAUGUAAUAGAAUGCCAGAAGCCUGACUGCAAGAAACAAUAUGUGGGGAAGACAAGAAAUUCAUUAAAAAGCAGAUUUAGUACUCACAAGUCAGCCAUUUCACGUAAAAACCAUCUGCCUCUUUACGAGCAUUUCAACAGCAAUGGCCACAGCUUCGAAGAUUUAAAAAUUUUUCCAAUUGAACAACUUGAUGAUUUAGAAAUGUUGGAUAAAAGGGAAAUGUUUUGGAUAAAAGCUCUUGGCACACAAUAUCCUGAGGGACUCAAUUUGGAAACUUAUGAAUCAGAUUCUCCAAUCCCUAUCAAGAGAAGAAAAGAACUAAGUCUACCAGUAGAAGCUCAAGAGAAACUGGAUAAAUAUUAUGAAUCAAAAGAAGAAGCGAGAUUUACUAUAUCAACAGUGAAUGAAAAACUAAAAGAGCUGUCUUACCCUGGGAAUGAUCAACAGUUUCUGAACCAACUGAGAAAAAUGACUUCUAAGUUAACGUCCAAGAAGAUUCAUGAAAACAUUUAUAUUGGAAUAUUUGGAAAGACUGGGGCUGGAAAAAGUUCACUGAUAAACGCUCUUCUAAAUGAAAUUAAUUUGUUGCCCACAUCAGACACUAAAGCCUGUACAUCCUGCAUUGUGAAAGUAAAAGCUCAUGAAGAUUCAGUUAAUGAAAAAUACAAAGCAAAAAUUACGUUUAUCAGCAAAGAGGAGUGGAUUAAAGAUCUAAAGACUCUUGUUGAAAACUGUCAGAGUGACAAUGACCAGAGCAUGUCAGAUUCUGAUGAUGAAGAUCAAGAUGGGGAGGACAGCGAAGGUGAAAUGGCAAAAGAAAAACUAACAGCAGUGUAUGGAGAAGAAGGGCCAAGCAAAAGUUAUGAUGAAUUACUAAACAUUAAACUGGAAAUGCUUAGUUCUCCAAAGAAGACAAUUUCAGCAAAAUCAGUUAAAGAACUGUCUAAAGAUAUAAAUCAAUACAUCCGGAGUGAUAUGGAUGAAGAAACUAAGAGCUACUGGCCUCUGGUAAAGUCUGUUACUCUGUAUUUACCAAGACGUCAGAAUCUUCUCGAUAAUGUAGUACUGGUUGAUUUUCCUGGAACUGGAGAUACCAAUAAGGACAGGAAUGAAAUGUGGAAAAGGUAUUUAAACAAAUGCACCUCUGUCUGGAUUGUUAGUGAGAUCACACGGGCAGAAUCUGACCAAAAUGCAUCGAAAAUCCUAAAGAGUGUUUUAAAGCAUAUUGCUGGUGGAGGACAAUGCGAAAAUAUUACCAUCAUCUGCACCAAGACAGAUAUUGUUGGCAUUGAAAGUGAUGAUAUGGGAAAUGAACACCAUGGAGAAUCAAGUGAAAACAGCGAAAAUGACAGGAAGCGAGAAAAAAUACUAAAAAAAAAUAAGAAGGUGAAAACGAAUCUAACACGAAGUUGUGAGGACACAGCAAAGAAAAUGCUUGGCAAUGAAGCAACAGAUCAUAAGGAUUUCAUUAAAGUGUUCACUGUGAGUUCAAAGCAAUUCAGAAAUAAGAGAAAUCCAUUCCUGAGUGAAGAAGAAACAGAAUUUCCAGGGUUGGAAAAGCAUCUUUUGGAGUUUUAUGUUAACCAAAUAACGAAAGAUGUAGAAAACUAUGUUACUGAAGUAUCAGGAAUAACAUCCUUUCUUAAUGUCCCACAGAAAAACGCCAAACAAGAGGCUGUAAUCAAUAAGGUUUUCACUGAACUGUCUGGAUUUCUCAGUAAGGAACUGCAGAAACUGGAAGAUUUUUUUGUUAAAUAUUCUGAUAAGCUUGCAGUUGAACUGGAUAAAGGUGUAAAGACAGCAGCUAAACAGUGUCUGCAGAAUGCUGAAAAUAUUUUAAAGCCUAAAAACAAAAAAGACUAUCGUGGUUACCAUAAAACAGUAAAAGCUUUGGUCAGAAAUGAUGGGAUUUACAGAUCAAAAAAUGGAGAAAUCCAUGAUUUAAACAAUAAGUUGGCAUCACCCCUCUAUAAGUCUGUGGAUAUGACUAUUAUAAGCACUUUCCGGAUGCAACAAGCCACAAGGAAUACUAUUAAAGGGGCUCUGAAUUCACUUCAGUCUAAUGUCUUUGUUGAAUGUGACAAAAAUCAGAAAAAAAUUGCUCCAUUACGUCUUGUCUUUAUUAAAUCUCAGCUUAAAGGUGUAGUUGCAUCUUUGGAAAAAGGAAUAAUUGAUGGAAAGAAACGUUUGUACAAUUCUCUUGACUUAUCCAUUCAGAAAGAAUUGUUCCCUGUUUACAAAGAUGCCAGCAAUAUAACAGGUUCCAAAUUUAUGAUGAGGGUACAAACAAUGUUCACAGAAAGAUUGGACAAACUGAAAAAUCAAAUGUUUCAAAAUGCACAGAAAGAAAUGCUUCUUGAGCUUACAAAGUUGAAGGGCUAUGUCAUAAAUACUGUUAAACAUGAAAUGGAACAACAUUUAAAGCUGGCACUUUCUCAGUUUCCAGAAGGUCUUGAUUUGCCAGAUUUCCAGGAAGAAUUAAAGAAGGUGAAGAUCAUCUGCGAUGAUUUAGAGCUCAGGCUCUUCUACCAAAAACCCUAAACACUAUGAACCCUAAAUACUGUGAACUAUAUUUUUACACUAUCAAAAAUAUGUUGAAAUGCUGGCUUUGGAAUUUUUUAUUAUGCACUGUAUUUUGGCAGCUGUGUAUUUCAUAUACUGUGCUAAAAAAAAGAAAAGAAAAGGCCAAAUUUCCCUCUGGGGACAAAUAAAGUUCUAUCUAUCUAUCUAUCUAUCUAUCUAUCUAUCUAUCUAUCUAUCUAUCUAUCUAUCUAUCUAUCUAUCUAAUAUUUAUUUUUAUAUCAGAAACCAUUUAUGUACUCAAUACAAUUUUUUUAUUGAUAAAAUUGUUGUCUGAUGAUGGAAAGCAUAAUGAAGAUGAUUUAAAUAAAUGUUCAAAUUCACAAUAUUGAACUAUGAAUUAGCAAUAUUUUAUGAGUAGGACAUUUACAGACAAUUAAAGCAAUUUAAAACUGAACUGUUUGGCUUAGAUGGCUACCAUAAAGCUAACACUGAUUAUCAGUGCAUUUUAAUUAAAUUAACUCUUUUAUGGGCACCCCACAAUUUUAUUUUUAGCCACAUAUGACCAACAAAGUCUUAGUACAAGAAACAUUUUUUUUUUUUACUUUUUAGUGCAUUUUUUAAUAAAAUCCUCUCACUUAAAAAUCUUUUUAUAUAUAUUUUUUAGCCACCCUAAUGCCACACAGUCCUCGGCACGUUACAAAAACUUUGACUUGGGUGGGAAGGUGAUUUGUCAGAAAUGACAUUAGCGACAAAGUGGAGUCAAACAUACAAUCUUAAAGUGAAAUGUAACAUUCAUUCAUGUUCAUUUCUCAUCUGAAAAAAUCCUAAACAUGGGUGAAACCUUACACAUGUGAAGUACUGGAAAUGUGCGUUUUAUCUAUUGGAGAAUCAAACCUUCAGUCUUUCUUAAAAAAGCCCAACACCUUAUCCACUGAACCAAUAUUUUCAAAUCACUGAAAGGAGUAUUUUGCCAAAUUUCUAUAUAAAUGCUGAAAAAUUGGUAACAUU